AUGCGCUUCUCAGUCCUUUCCGUCGCGGUCUUGGGACCUAUUACCGCUCUUGCGUUUCCAGCUAGUGAUGUGGCACUCGAUAAGAGAGAGAACUUGUGUAGUUUGAAGGAACCACCCGCGAUUUGUAAACCUGACCCAAAGGUUACGGUUGAGGAGACGGCUGCUAGGGCGUAUAAGUUUUAUAGGGCUUUUGUUGUUGAUGGGGAUCCGAGGACGAUGUUUUCGUUGAUUGACUCUGCUUAUAUUGUAAGUCUUGCAUUUGAUAGAUGUCGAGUUUGGUUUACCGCCGGAGAUUUUGAGGGGAAGAGAAGUUUUUAUAAGAAGUUGAUCCCUUGUAUCGACCCCCCCUUCCCUUCCCUAAACAGCAAGUUAUUCUUUUGGCUCCACAUACAAAGAAUAAUCUGCUGUUCAGCAAGGGGGUGUAAAUCUCAUCAACAAUCCCAACCCCUAUUAUUACUGACAUUCCCAACAUAUAUCAUUUAUCUAACCCAUCACAGCAACAUCACCCAGGAUACGCGAGCGGUCCACAAGCCAUCUGGCCACUUUUCUGCAAUGGCAAACCGAUGGGAACAGAGGCAAGCACAUCUCAUUGCUUCGACGCCACUUCAAACAUGUCUUACGCCAAGUACUCCACCACCGACCGAUGGCGCUGGGUUGACGGCUGUGUCCACGAACACGUAUGUAUCUCCCUCUAACAUUGGUUUACCAAAAUAAUUUUCUUUCUUUAGUGGGACCAAAACGAAGUUAUUCCUUCGCAAGACAAGUGCUUUAAAGCGAAAGGUACUAAAGCCAAGUUGUUGGUAUAG